UUGUGUUUGUCCAUUCGUUUUCAACAUGCCUCUGCUCGGGACGCCGUUUUCAAUUGAUCGGCUGCUGGGCCUGCACCUGUUUGACAGCGCAUUCGGCCCAGCACAACCGCCUAGCAACGCCGCCAACACUGCUAAACAACACCCCGCAACGACCUCGGCUGCCUCACGCUUCGCUUCUUCUGCAUCAUCCCCCAACGUCUUCAAAACUGGCGCGUCUUCAAGCUCUGCAUCAUCAGCCUUAGCCUUGCUUGGCCUUGUCGCCAAGGAUUCCGAUCCAGCACCAUCUCCAUCGCCUCCCGCCGCUGUAGCCUCUCCAUCUGUCCACAUCGCCGCGUGGCCAAUGGCGCAGCUACCGGUCGAGAUUUUCGAAAUCAUCACCAGGUAUCUGACCCGGGCUGAUGUCCAGGCCCUCCGCCUGGUGUGCAGGGAAUUCGAGGCCAAGGUCUCUGCCCAGUAUUUCCGGAAUGUCGUCGUUCCCUUCCGCGCCGAGCUCUACACCAGCCUAGAUGACGAGAACAACGCUGCCAUUACGUCGAGGCUGUUUUCCAACGGCAUGCGAAUCUUCGAAUCGUUUGGCCCUCAUAUCUUGCGCUUCGCCCUAUCGCUCGAGCUGGACGAAUUCAUCCUUGCUUACCCGCCCGUCAAACCCGCGCAAGAAGCCAUUCCCGCCUUUUGGGGCAUCUAUCGAUGGCCUCACGAAACGUAUCACCGCUACAGGGAUCUCGAAGGUCUUGAGCAGACGGCCGAUGAAACCGACAGCAUGAAGAAAGCUCUUCGCUGCCUUACCAAGGUUACCAACAUUGGCCUCUGCUGUGAUGCGGGCCUGGGAUUCCUGGUUGGUCCUGAGCAUGCGGUGCACAAGAUCAACAAUCGUGACCCCGUCUUCGAUGCCCGCGAUUGGCAUCAGGACAGUCGUGUAAAGAAGGGUGAUACGCUUGUUGCUGUAUCCGAUUUUAAUGGUGUCCGUCGAGAUCUGACAAGCGCCACAGCUCAGCAUGAUAACUUCAAGCGCCGGGUUCUGGAGAAGAUGAUUUCUGAUGCUGGCUUUGCCGGCUACUACGUUCACGAGGCGAUCGACCUUUUACUCGAGACCGAGGGCGUUACCAUUUCCGAAAUCGACUUUGACGAGCGCGAGGUUAACGUUGACGAGCAGCAGCAGCAGUUACAGCAGCAGCAGCAAGAGGCACGCAUCUCUCCCGCCACCCGCCAACCUCUUAUUCCAACCAAUCUUACACGGGCCCAAAAGGAACUGCUUCUGGAGUUGGAGUGGGCUCAUCGUGCCAUGAUUCAGUCUUACGUUAUAAGCAUCAUCGACAAUGCGAGAGAUGGAUGCUUCACCAAUUUGACGAAUGUGACAAUUGCCAAGAUUCCUAGCGCCCACAUCCACAUAUUGUGUCACAAGGAGCUCUGGGAGAACAUUCCCAGCAUCAAAACCGUCUCUCUGGCCGUUAUUGCUGAUUGGAGGAAGAUUUCCAAGCCUUCUCCUGGCGUUGUCGAGGACGUUCAUGUGUCUCCUGUUGACGCCGUGGGCAAGGUCUACAGACUGCUGAAUGACCACAUUGGACGACGACCCAAUAUUGAGAGCCUUCGCUUCGAGUGGAUCUGCGGUGGUGAGUUUGCGAGGGGCCCGUAUCAACGCAAUCAAUAUGUUCUGCCGGCUCCGUUUGUUGAGUCACCAGACUUGAUGAUUUCUCCCGAGGGCGCCAAGGAUACUAGCAGGCUGCUGCAUCUGCCUUUUAUCAAGUAUUUGUCACUCAAAAAUUGCUGGUUCGCGCCGCAUGUGUUGUUUCAAACAACUCGUUACAUGGCGCUGCACUCUCUUGAAAAGCUAGAUCUUGAGACUGUCUCCAUUUCUGGGCCGCCCACCAUUCCUCCACAGCAGCCUGCAAAUCCUGCCCCACCAGCUGCCGACGACGCUGGCGUUCCGCUUCAUCCACUCUUCCCUGGCGUUAUUGGCCCUGUGCCAGUUGCUCUCUUCCAGCAGCCUGCGAUUCCUCCAGUGCCCGAGGAGCCGUCAGUCGAUAGACUUGCGCUGCCAGACACAUUUUCAUGGGCUGGCUUCUGCGAGCAUUUCAGUCCUGGCAUAAAAAUGCGCCACCUUCCUCGAUUUUGCGAAUCGUCCAGCUCGGACACAGAUGGAUCUAGCAGUAAGGCUGAAGACCUCUCUCCUUUCCUACCGGAUGCGAGCAAGCUUAAAGUUGAUGAGUCUCGGUAUGGUCUCAGCUCCAUAUCCUUCAAGUCUUGCGGCUAUGUCUUUAUAGAUGUACGCACCCUCGAUAUCAGAGCGAUUCUACCAACGGAGGCCCAGCUUGGUCAUGCGUUUGCAAACGCUCUUCGACAUGAUAUCUUCCACUCCAUGCAAUACAGCAAGGACAAGUUCCUCGGCCGCAUUGUGCCGUAUAUGCUACCUGCCGAAAUGAAGACGCUGGAGCAUAUAUUCCUGUUUGAGCAAGGCUGGAGUAAAGUAUAUCCUGAGCAGGUUCUUGAUGAUGCUGUUACUGACGGUUUCGACUGCCCCGGUAUGGCACGCUUUUCUGGAACUCUCGAGGGACCUGGCGAUGCCGAGUCCCUGAUGAUGACGGAGUGA